AUAUACUGGUCUUGAUGGGAGUGACAGUAGUAUUAUCUAGCUGAACGGAUUUAUAUAACACAUGUACUAUGUUUGAAGAUAUCUAAAGCCAUUCAACCAGAGUGAAAUAUAUUAUCUAGAAUGGCGGUGUCUGUUUUAAAACAUAACACCUCAUCAACAAAAGCACAGUCGGUGGCAGCAGCUAAUAAUAUAACACCGUCGGAACUAAAUACCAAUGACUCUCAUGGAAGGACAGUUUUAUUCUAUGCAGCACGAUAUGGUAAAUUAGCUGCUGUUAAAAACUUGAUAAAAGCGGGAGGUGAUCCGAACAUUUCCGAUGUGGACGAUAGCUCUCCACUUCAUGAAGCUGUUGAACGCUGUCAUCAUGAUAUUGUGAAAAUAUUACUCAAACACAGAUCCAUAGACGUGAACACAAAAAAUAAACAUGGACAAACUCCUCUGAUGAAGGCAGUCAUUUACGAUGAUGAAGAAAUGGUCAAGUUACUUCACAAAUCAGGUGCUGAUCUGGAUGUUGAAGAUUCGACUGGUAAAUCCGCCUUUUUGAUAGGCAUGAGCGAAGGGAGAGAGAAAACAACGGAAUACCUGAUGAAAAAUGGAUGUGAUAUAAACAAAAUAGAUCGUCUUGGGCAAACAGCACUGUACUUAGGAGUGAUAUCGCCGAGCAGAGCGAGCAAAAAUUCAGAAACAAUAAGGAAAAUGCUUAAAUUAGGAUAUACAUUAGAAAAGGACGAGUAUUGGCUUGUCAAAGCCGGUGUUGAUAUUGAUAGUUUCACUCACCAAACUUUCUUUCAAAAAUUAGCAUCUAGAUUCAUGCGGAACACACAACGUAGGCGGUUCAGCGAGAGUGGACACGAACGUCAAAGAAGCGCAACUGUUGUCCAAAAUGAAAGACACGAUCAAAGAUUUAGCGCUAGGAGCAAAUCUUUCAAUGUUUGAAACAAGAUUUUGCAGUUGGAAACUGUUAUGUGAUAAGUUUUAAUGUCAAUGCAAUCAGACAAAUCCAUAUCGCCAAACACUUUGAUAUGUAAAUAUACGCGUAUUGUGUGAAUUUCUAUCAUAAUCAUUCAAAAAGUCAUAUUGUGUUUUGGAGCCAAAAUGGAAAUUGCGUGCCAUCUCUUCAUACUACGAUAAUGUUGAUACUAACAGACUACCACGAUGCAACACCUCUGAAUAGAAACACAGCUUCUAUCCACGGACAAUCAGAGACUGGAACCAACUUCCAGCAGGAAACAUCGUAAGGGACUCUGACAGCUCAAAGGAAAACCUCAGGUUGCCCUCCAUCAUGAGACCAAGGACGAGGUGAUCCUGUAGAAUUUCACCCAUAUUUUUAUCCACAUCUGCAUUUUAAUUUGAACAUAGAAUUUUUCUAUUUUCCCGCUGACCACACCAUCAUCAACACCUGUACUUGAUUACACAGCAUCAGUAUGAUGGCAUUUUCCUUUGCUGAUUAACGAAAGAAGAAGAUAUGUAGAGUUUAUGACAUUUUACUCUAUUUCUGUCAGUCAUGGUUUAUUUAGUAUUUGAACAUGAAACAUGCCACAAAGCAAAAGUAGGACUUCAUAUUAUAUUUCAAAAUACCAUUAUCAAAUGAAUGUACUAUCUACACCGAAUUCUUUAAGAAGUGGAUACUGAACAUAUUCAAAUAGACCUUAUCGUUAUGUAGAAAACGGCGACAUGUGACCCGAGAAUUUUCGACACUCGAACUAUUGAAGUCAUACAACUAUCCCUUUUCUUAUGUGGCGUUAGACAUUUUCUCUUGUGACGUUAAAAUAUAACAGGAACUUCUAACUGGCUAGAUUGUGUCAUAUUUUCCAUCUCAUAUUCAUCAUAAUAAAAACAAAAAUAAUA